GCUCUCUCCUCUGGAGGAGUCGCUGCACACAGGGGACCCCCCUCUCCUGGAGAGUCACCUGUGGGGCCAGUUGUAACCAGUUCCCUUAUCGGAGCCGGGGGGCAGAGUGCGGCACUACGGCUCCUGCGGGGAUCUGGCAGGAGGCAGCUGAGCUCCCUCCGGGCAGAGAGUGGGGAUAUAAGGAGAGGCAUCCAUGGGCAAAGCAGCGACACGGUGCCGAGCUGGCAUAGGGUAGGAUAUAGGAUAGGAUGCAUCUCCCGGCUCUCUGCUGCGGGGCCUCGCUGCUGCUCGUCCUACCGUGGGCCGGAGUGCAGCCGGCGGGUGGUGAGCACGGCGCGGAGCUGCAGUCCCUGCAGGACCUCCUGGAGGCGCUGGGGCACCUCCCGGAGGAGGAAGGGGAAUCGGGCCCGGAGGACGAGUCGGCGACCGGGGCUGAUGACGGCGGCUCCGAGUGGGAGCUCCCGAGGCCGGAGGGCGGCCCGCCGGGGACCCCGCUGCCGGCGGAGGGGUGGCAGAGCCAGUGGAGGAGCCUCCUCUCCUCCUACAGACGGAGACACUUCUCCGGCUGCUUUGGGACGAGGAUGGAGAGGAUCGGGGCGCAGACGGGGCUGGGAUGCAACCAAUACAAAGCUCGUAGGUCCCCGCGGCGCAGGGAACCGGGGGAAAUCGGAGCUCGACCCUGCCGGAGCGGUGGCGGCCGGGGCAGCCGCUGAGGCCGCUGUCCCCGGCUGAAAGCCUCGGAGCGGCUCCCCUGCAGCUCUCCACCCUUCUCCCCCAGGUUUCUGGAGGAGAGGGAGAAGCUGAAGCCAGAGCCGGCUCCCCACCGCCUCCUGAGCCUCGAGGCCGGUGUCCAGCAGCCAGCCAGCCAGGCUCCCUCCGGAGCCUCUGUCACGGUGGAGUGUGGAGCAUUAAACUUUUGUACAAAGCCUG